AUGUGGGUACGAAGGUGUGCAACCAUUGAGAAUGGUUGGGAACCUCCAACAAAGGAAAUUAAAGGAAGUGGAAAAGAGGUUGAAGGUGAAGGCCAGUUGACAACAAAGGUUGUAAUUAAGGCAAACACGGAGUGGAUUGAUGAAGAAAAUGAUAUGAGCGCCUACAAUCAAAAGGGUCUCAACUCCAUCUUCACUGCUGUAUCAGCUGAAAAUUUUGAGUUUAUAUGUCAUUGCAAAACCUCAAAGGAGGCUUGGGAUAUUCUGGAAAUUACUCAUGAAGGAAAUGCCACUGUCAGAGAAUCCAAACUUCAACAACUGAGUUUUAUGCUAGAUUGA